AUGGAUUUUACAAGAAAGAAAACUUAUAACGUUCAGGAAGUGAUUCAGAUGCUAGAAGACGACGACGAUGAAAAUUUGCUUGACAUAGAUGUCACCAUUGUUCCACCUACAAAUUUAAAUGGUGAUACUGAUGAAGAUUCUGGAAAAGAAUGUUCAAAUGAAAAAAAUUUGAAUCAUUUAAAUUCUAAUCAACUUUUCGCAGAGGCAUCAGUGCGAUUGCAUAAAACUUCUGGAGAUGUUGUCCUCGGCUUAAAUGACAAUUUAGAUGACUUUAUUUUUGAAAGUGGUGAAACUUGUUUACCGUCAACAAGUAGUGAUAAGCCAAGAACAAUUAUUAAAAAAUCAAAUGAAAAAAUUAUAACUGGACAAAGACAAUCAGAAAGAAAACAUUCUAUAAAAAAAUUGGAAAGUAGCAAAAAGUCAAAGGAAAAAGAAAAUUUAUUUGAAGUUGAGAGACAAGAACAAGCCACAAAAGUAACAACAGAACCAGAUUAUCAGCCAUCCUGGAAAAAACAUGAUUUGAAAGAAAGUGUUAGGAAAGUAAAAUUUGCAUGGAAUAUUCCUCCACCAUCUUUGAAUACAAAUUCUUCACCUGUUACAUUAUUUGAACUGUUUUUUACACCCGAUUUAAUGCGACAUAUUUGUGAUGAAUCAAACUUUUAUGCUGCUCAAAAAGGUAUAUUGAACUUUGAUUUAGACAUUCCAACUCUCAAGCUAUUUUUUUCGAUCCUGCUGCUCAGUGGCUAUAGUAUUGUUAUAAUACUCGCCGUCUUAACCGAUUUACAAUGCGACGGGUUCAAAUCUUCGAUUGAAUAA